CUAUCGACUAUCGUUGGCCGGUCUCCCCCAAAUCUGCGAACCCCCAAACCCUAGCUCCCCCAAAUCACCGAUCCAACCCCUUCUCCCGAGCUCCACCCACCGCAAUGGCGCGGUGUGAUCUGUGAGUGUGUGAGGCGCCAAAUAAAAUCCCUCAUCCAACCAUGGAGCAGAGCGAUGGGCCGAAGCGGCCGAAGCUCGUUGAUGCUGCCGACGGCGACGAGGACCGCCUCAGCGUGCUGCCCGACGACAUUCUCAUCGACAUCCUCGCCAAGCUCCACCGCACCACCAUGGACGCUCGGACCAGCGUCCUCUCCCGCCGCUGGCGGGGCCUCUGGAAGCUCCUCCCGGUGCUCAACUUCCCACUCGGCACCGAGCCGCCCCUCGGCAUAGAGCCGAAGCACAUAGUCUCCGCCCUCACAUCCCACGAAGCGCCGGUCAUCCGCCACCUCAUCGUUAGCCUCCGGGAGGCCGCUGCGGAGUCGGUGGCGAUGUGGCUCCCCAUCAUCGCGCCCCGCCUCUUCGGCGAACUAUCCAUCUUCAAUCUCAGGUGGGACCGGGACAGGGAAAUAGGCACCGUUGAGCUGCCUUGCUUCCAGAGUGCCGACCGGAUCUGCCUCAACCUAGACGAUCAUGGCCUCGCCCUGCCGCCCUCCGGCGUGUUUGCCCGGCUCACCUAUCUCCGUAUGAUAUCCAUUAGGAUGCGUGGUCCCUGCAGACUCGGUGACAUUGUCUCCUCGCCACGGUGCCCAUUGCUGCAAAAGCUCUUCCUACGUGACUCCUAUGUCCAGGAUGACGUUGUUGUAAUCCACUCAGAGUCUCUCUUAGAAAUAGGGAUAGAUAAUGUGUUACUACACCACGACGCCUUGGGUCUGCGCAUCCUCGCCAUUUGCUCAGAGUCUGUCCUCCAAAUAGAUCUGAAGAAUUUAGCCUUGCGGCAGCUCCUUGUCGUGGCGCCCGCACUCAUUUCGUUGAAAGAGAAAGGCACCCACUACAUUGCUGAUGCUGUGGAUCUGAGUCAACCAGUUGUCAACAUCUCAGCCCCUCAGCUCAUGUUGCUUGAAUGGAAUGAUAGUUAUGAUCGAAGUUCCGUUCAGUUUGGCAAGAUGGCACAUCUCCAAUGGCUGCACGCUGGUCAAUUUCUUGUAUAUGGAUCAGAUGAGGAUUUUGCACACAAUCGUAUCAGGCUUUUGUAGUGCUUCGAGUUCAUCGCCUGUCUUAACCUUGCGCUUUACUAUUGGAAGGACAUGUCUGAGCACCAAUGCUACUUGAUGGAGGACAUGCCAAGGCUUCCAUAUAUUUUAUUCUUGUCCGUAAAUGUGGCGGCGAAUGAACAUUCCUUUGGAGCCAGCUUAUUCCAUGUUCUCAGGCUGUGUUCUAGUGUAAGAAAGCUGACUAUUGCAUUUGAUGUCAGUACCAGGCAACUAGAGGCUCAAACUACAUGCUCACUGGGUUGCAUAUGCCAUCAGCCACCAAACUGGAAAACUGACGAACUCCUGCUGGGUCACCUUGUAAUAAUGGAAAUCGAUGCCUAGAGAGGAACUGAAAAUGAAGUUGCUUUUGUUGAGCGGUUUCUUAAUUGGGCAACAGUGCUAAAAGAAAUGACGAUAACUUUCCAUCAGUCAGUUACUGAAAGCAAUGCCGAGGAUCUCUGCCAGACAUUACUAAGCUUCUCAAGGCCGGAAACUUGCAUGAAAUUUUACAUGUACCGUGGCUUGUACGCGAAGGUCCCGUAUGUUCCUGAAGGCUAAGGCACCUGCUUGUGUCUUUUGGUGUCAACAACACUCUUAUGUAAAGAUCAAAAUCUAGUAGAGCGGUCCAAGAUGUUACAAUGUCAUCAACCUAUUUUGAACUUGCUUCAUGUUUCAUCAGUUGUACUGCUCGUGAAUGGAGUUCUCAAGUGUCAACGCUGUUUUCACAAGCCUUUGGUGUGUAAGUUCUGUGCCUUCGGUGUGUAAGUUCUGAUUGUUGGCAUGCUCAAAAGUGGUAGUGAACUCAUCAAGUUAUGUCAUCUUGGUUAUGAUUGUGUUAUCUGCGGUGCCGACUGAAUCCUGGUUUUGUCUGAAGAAAACAUCAGUUGCAUGAUGUAUUUACAAGUGAACUAGUUCAAUUUCAUGCUGUUUGGCAGAGCAUAUCUCAUAAGGAAUGACGCAGACAUUUGCUUGAGUACGUGAAUGUAACACCCCGGGUGUAAUUUACCUUAUCUGUAUCCCAACUCUUGCCGUUUCCGGCACUAAGUUAUUCUAUUUCGUCAUUGU